AUGUCGCUCAUGCGUUUCUUCCAGUCCAAGCAAUCCUUUGACGCGCUCCAACUCGCGAAGUCGGUCCGAUGCAGCGUUUUCAAGUCGUUUCCAACGACCGAGCCAACGCGCCUCGUGAUGCAAGGUCAGCGCUGGUCGUGGCCGGGCCGCGACUACACCGUGACCAACUCAAAUGGAAUAUUGGUCGCAGAGAUUCAAGUCCAGCGAUUCUCAUUUCCCAACCAGCGGACACUCCUCGACGCGGCGCGCCGCCCCGUCGCGCUCAUAAAGCUCGACCCGUACUCGUUUUUUAACGAGCAAAUGGUCUACGAAAACUCGGACGACGACGUGCCAUUGCUUACGAUCAAGUAUCGCAAACAUGCGUCGUUUCACCAACAAGAGUGCGAGGUGCGCAACCAAGAGACGGGCAAGACCCACCUCCUCGUGCUCCAGCCCGCAAACGUUCUCACGCGCCGCAGCGUCCUCACCGACGGCGACGACGGGCCGAUUCUCGCCAAGGUCCACCAACCGUUCACGUGCCAGUUCGCGAACCGGUAUGAAAUGGACGUCGCGGCCGGUGUCGACGCAGGCGUCGUCACGUUGAUGUGUGCGGCCAUGGACGAAGAGACGCGCAAACGAGUGGAUUGGGUCUCCUGCGGCUUCCUCGGCGUCCUUGGCGCCUCGUUUAUGGGACUCACUCUCCUGACCAUGGUGUAA